CUUUGGAAGAGUACAGUACAACAGAGUUGGUAGACACAUUCCCCGCCCACGGUCUACCUGUCAUUUUAUCCAGCCUCUGCCUUCCAUCAAGUGACUCCAAUGAGUGAUUCAGCCAGGACAGGUUCAGGAUGGAUGGCUCAUCACUCUGGUGGCCAUGACCCUCCCCGCUGCAGGGAUUGCGCCUGGAUGGGGAUUCUCUUCACAGCCUCAGUCCUGUGCGCCUGGCUACCCACAGCGUCCCUGCAAGUGACCCUGGUGUCCAUCCCACCGCAGCCUGCUGAGGACCAGGAUGUUACUCUGUCGGUCCGGGGAGCUCCCAGGACAACGGGGAGGUUCCACUGGUACCGUGGCAGGGUUCUCCCGGCCACCCAAAUCCUCGUCUAUGAUAUUGCAACACAAAAGGGCAUCCCAGGGCCCGCUCAUACCGGCCGGGAGGUGGGGUUGGCCGACGGUUCCCUCCAGAUCCGGGAAGUCAGGGAGGACGACGCUGGCCAGUACACCGUACAGGUCUUCAGCCUUCCGGCCGGCAGCCCACCACUCACCGGGACUGUUGAUUUACAACUUUCUGUUUCAGGGCUCCGGAUCGUGCCAGUUCCCCGGCAUCCCAGGGUCGGGGGGGACGUCACCCUGUCUCUCCAAGGCCUUUCGGGGCUGCCCAAGAGCUACACAUGGUACCGUGGGGCAGCGGGAGGCCCCCAUCGCAUCCUCCGCUACAACACCCAUGGUGUUGCCCCCGAGUGGUUUCCGGGCCAGGCCCACAGCGGGAGAGAGACUGGCACCGUGAAUGGCUCGUUGCUCCUCCAAGCCGUCAGCCCUGAGGACUCCGGGCGCUACAUUGUGCAUGUGGUCACCACGCGCGGGCAAGAGGAGGCUUCCAUCACCAUCGAAGUCUCUCUGAGGCCCACGACCACCCCAGCGGAGAAGGCCCCAGUUCCCUCUCCUGCAGCUUCCAGAGGGAUUAUCGCCGCCAUGGUGGUGGGAAUCCUGGUGGGGACCUCACUGCUCGGGGUGCUGGGGUAUUGGCUUCUCCACGUCCGCCGCAGAUCCAGAGGUCCACCUAGGUUAGAGGAGAGAAUCAGCAGCGGAGGGAAGAUGUCGGCUCUGCAAAACAGAGAUCAAGGAAAUGCAUAUGAAGACCUGGACUUGACUUGGAAAAAGGCUACGGACCCCAGGGGGACGACAGUGCCUAACUACCCGGAGAAACCGAUGGGGCCUGUGCCCAUCUAUGAGGACUUGCAGGUGGGAAACGCCAACAUUUACUCUGAACUUCAACUGCCGGCCUAGGCUGGGGCACCGAAGCCGGGCGAGGGACUGCGGCCCCCGAGGCUGGGAGGGCGAGGAUUAGGCCUCCCACGGGCCCGUGGGGAAUCCGGGGCCGGGCCCGUGGGGAAUCCGGGGCCAAGCCCGCGGCCUCAGAGUUGGAAGAGAAGUCGUGGCCGCCGCUCCCGCCCGCGUGCAAAUUCUGCAGACCACUGGGAGCAAGCCCGUGUGGUCUCAAAUCCUUUUUACCCAUCGCUGAAGUAAAU